AUGCGGGCGGCGCUGGCAGCGUGGCUGCUGCUGACCCUGCUGGGGGGGACGGGGGCCGAGGACACGUGCGGGGACCCCCCCACAGCCCCGUCCCGCUCGGUGCCCGCGCCCCAGCUGAGCCCCGAGGAGCGGCUCUCGCCCCACAUGCCCGAAUCGCUGCGCUGUGACGCCUGCCACGCCAUCGCCUUCCAGAUUGAGGAGCAGCUGCGCAAGGCAGAAGGGAAGAUGGGCAAGAAGGCUCUGAAGGAGUCGGACUACAUAGAGGUGCUGGAGAGGAGCUGCUCGCAGGACUGGGAGAGUUACGGGGUGCUGGAGCUGGACGGGGAGAAGCGGCUGUCGGGGCCGGGGCUGCCGAGCCAGCAGUCCCUGAGCGUGCUGGUGUCGGGGGGACCGUGGCCGGGCAGGCUCUCCAAGCUGUGCCUCGGCUACGUGGGCGAGCGGGGCGAGGCGCAGAUUUACAGCGCGCACCGGCGGGGCCCGGCCGCGCUGCGGCAGCUGCUGUGCCACGGCGACAACAAGGGACCGUGCGCCGGCCGCAAGGAGCGCCCGGAGCCCCGCAAGGCGCCGCAGAACGAGCUGUAG